AUGAAAACUAAACAAGAAUUAACACGUGAAGGUCGAGGAGCAAUGGACUAUCGAAUAGCUGAAGUUGAUGGUGUUGAAUUAUGUGCCACCAGAUGGUACGACAACAACGUUGUCAAUUGUCUAUCGACAUUGCACGGUUGUGAUAAUACUGAUUUAGCUAAACGAUGGUCAUCAAAAGAAAAAACUCAUGUACAUAUUUCACGACCAUUUGUAAUCAAAGAUUAUAAUGAAAAUAUGGGCGGCGUUGAUCUGCUUGAUAUGCUAAUAUCUUUAUAUCGAAUAAAUAUUCGUUCCGUCAAAUAUUACAUGAAGAUUAUUUUCCAUCUUAUUGAUCUUUCAUUGGUUAAUGCAUGGUUGCUAUAUCGCCGUCAUUGUUCUCAGAAUCAAAUUCACAAGAAAGACGUGCUAUCUUUAUUAACAUUUCGAAUUGAUGUAGCAAAAUCAUUACUUCAAUCAAGUCCACCACCACCGCCAGUGCAACGUGGACGUCCAUCUUUACAGAAUAUAUCAGAUCGAAACAAUACAACAAUAGAUGCAAGAGCUGCACCGGUUCCAGUUCCACCAACCAGUACUAGAAUCGACAAGUUUGACCAUUGGCCGGUGUCGACAACAAAAGGUCGCUGUAGAAAUGGUCGAUGCUUGGGAUAUUCAAGAAUAUCUUGUACAAAAUGCAAAGUGCGCUUAUGUUUAAACGAAAAUAAAAACUGUUUUAAAGACUAUCAUCAUUAA